AUGCCAAGCAGAUCUGGCACGCAACUUUCAGACAGAGAAGCAGCUUUAUUGAGCGGCACACCGAUACGUCGCAUUCACACCACCAGCUCCCAUAUUCGCAUCAUGGAUUUGCGCUCCAUGUUAAAUCCUGUCGCCGAUGGCGCUGCUGCUGCUGCUGCCGCCGCCGCCGCCGCUGCACAGGCUCAAGCUCAAGCUCAGGCGCAAACAUAUUUGAAGACACCGCAAAGAACGGUGUCGCUCGUGCAGCCUUUGACUACGCAGAGCAGUCAUUCGCCUCCAGCGCAAAAGACUCCUCUACCUAGAACCGCGUCGCUACCUGUGCAAGGCACGCAAUAUCGACGCGAAAGCACGGCGAGCGUGAGCCCGAAGACGAUGCCUCCGCCAGCACCAGUGCCUUACCAGACCCCUUCCCCUGUCAUAUCACGAAAGCGAAGUCUUUCCCACUUAAGCGAUCAUCAGCACACUCCGCAGCCAGCGGUGAAGAAGCGAAAGUACGAUCCGAAGUCCCCCCCGCCAUGGGCGCGUCGGGAACGUGAUGGAUAUCGUUUCGUGCAAGUCCCAAAGACGGGACCAAACGCGACCGUCAACAACAGCAUUACGCCCCAAAUGCAGCCUCAGACUCAUGCAAAUCACCAGUCUAGUCAUCCUCCGCCUUCUGCCGCAGCCACCAACCUGCAUCAGUCUCUUCCUCCUGAACCGCGCUUCGAACCCAGCAUCGACAACAAUGAGCCUUACAAUGAUAUGGAGCGGGCAAUAUGCGAUUUCUUGUUCCAGAAUGUCAUUCUGCAGGAUAUGCAGUUCAGCUCGCCAACAAAGUUUGAAAUCGAAGCGAAAUUGGGCUCAAUAAAGGACUGGCAAGAUGAGCGGCUGCGUUUGCGCUUGCCUAUCAUAACCGAUGCUGUAUUGGAUCCGCAGGGCCCACGCCCAAAAUUCGAAAGCUCCAUGAAAAUAGACCAGCACUCGAGGUUGAACAAGUAUCUAAAUAGUGCAGUACAGCAAUCGCAGCGACCUGGCCGACGACCGAUCGUUUACAAGCAUCUACGCGAGACAGACUACUUCUACGACAUACCUCAAAUGGCUCUUCAUCUAGUUGACCCCGUUGUGCUUGAACAUCACAACCGAAGUGGAAAGCGAGGACCACCUCGGUUGCGCGUGACUAGGGACAAUGCAACGAACGAAAUUACCGCCGUCAUCAUGAAGACACGUCUGCAUGACCUUGAAGUUCGUUGUCCGAAUGAUGAAUUUGACUUUCGCGUGAGCAUAUCUCUCGAAACACAGUGGACUCACCCAGGCUGGGAGAAUUUUCCCGAACAUCUGGACCACGGCGUUCGCACGUCGCGCAACAAGGACCGCCUCAGCUACCAGCACCAAGGCUUCCUAGUCGAUCUAACGCAAGUCACACCAUUUGCGAAGCAGGGCGAGAAGGUUGAAAAGACACAUGAGCUGGAGAUCGAAAUGGACGUGGACAGACUGAUCGAAGAGGGUUACAAGAACCUCAACAACCAGCCAAAUGAGUACGAAAAUCUGAUUCACGUGUUUCUGAACAACGUGAAGGUGGUCAAUCGUGCGGCACGCGCACCCCCGCAACCAAUGCAGCCUCCGAGAUAACUCGGCUACAAGAAUUGUAUGGUCGUCAAUACUUGUCUUCAUAGCUCCUUUGUUUCAAGCUCAGCCCAGGAAAAAGCGUCGAUUGAGCUCGCGGCGAUGAUAUUUCUGUUGAUACCAUUAGGCAUAUGAGCUGCUGUCUAUUCUAGCUCUUUAAUGCAACUCAAAGCCCGAAAAGGGAUUUCAUGAC